AUGCCACGCUCCUUCCUGGUGAAGAGUAAGAAGGCUCACACCUACCACCAGCCUCGUGCCCAGGAGGAUGGGCUCCUCUGGCCUCCUGCCCUUGGUCCUGUGGCCAGGGACCAGGUCCUGAGCACCAACCCUGUCCUCAGCACCCUGUUCCCAAACCAGUGCCUGGACUGGACUGACCUCAAACGGGAGCCGGAGCUGGAGCUGGACCAGAGCUUGAUGACCAGGAUGGCCUCCGCCCCAGAGGGGCCUGCUGUGACGUCCCGACCCCAGGAUGAGGGCUCGCCAUCCUCCGACUCACCCCCGUUCUACAAGCCCAGAUUCUCCUGGGAUGCCCUGGCUUCAUCCUACGGGCACAGCUACCAGCAGGCCCCCUCCACCAUGCAGUCUGCCUUCCUGGAGCGCUCCGUCAGCCUGUACGGCAGCCCUCUGGUGCCCAGCACUGAGCCGCCCUUGGACUUUAGCCUCCACUACUCUCCGGGCUUGGACGCAUACCACUGCAUCAAGUGCAGCAAGGUGUUCUCCACCCCACAUGGGCUCGAGGUGCACGUCCGCCGCUCCCACAGUGGGACCCGGCCCUUCGCCUGCAACGUCUGCGGCAAAACCUUCGGCCAUGCAGUGAGCCUGGAGCAGCACACGCACGUCCACUCCCAGGGGAUCCCGGCCGGGUCCAGUCCCGCGCCCAGCCUGGCAGUCCCGGGUCGCGAGGCCCCACCUGCGCCUGACCCCCCGGGGCCUCGUUUCCUCCGGCAGGGGCGCAGCUUCGAGUGCCGGAUGUGCGGCAAGGCCUUCAAGCGCUCGUCCACCCUGUCCACCCACCUGCUCAUCCACUCGGACACGCGGCCCUACCCCUGCCAGUUCUGUGGCAAACGCUUCCACCAGAAGUCGGACAUGAAGAAGCACACCUACAUCCACACCGGUGAGAAGCCACACAAGUGCCAGGUGUGUGGGAAGGCUUUCAGCCAGAGUUCCAACCUCAUCACUCACAGCCGGAAGCACACGGGCUUCAAGCCCUUCAGCUGUGAGCUGUGCACCAAAGGCUUCCAGCGUAAAGUGGACCUGCGGCGGCACCGCGAGAGCCAGCACAACCUCAAGUGA